ACGACAUCUGAACUCUGUCGCUCGUUAUUUGUCUAUACCGUCUCUGCUUCACCGACGCUUGUGGCACUGGGCAAAUCAGCCUUGCGCGCUUGUGACGCACUGCGUGUCCCCUUUCUCUAUGAAUAUCUCGCGCGCUACACAUUCUACAAGCAAUUCUGCGCAGGAGACUCGACGGAGCGUGUCAAAGAUGCUGCUAUACGUCUCAGGGAUGAGAAACUGGGCUGUAUCCUCGCCUAUGUCAAGGAAGAAGCCGAAGCGAAUGAAGCUGCGUUUGAACGGACCCUUGCCAGCACACUCGAGACUAUUGAUGCAGCUGCGGUGUUGCCAGACAAUUACUGUGCCAUCAAACUGACAGCUCUCGCACCGGCAUGUGUCCUUGCAGACUACGCGUCGGCCGUGCGUUCCGGCAACCAGCCCUGCGAGACAACACGACUUGCCAUCUCAGCGCUACAACAACGACUCGCUCAAAUUAUGAAUCACGCACGUAAACAGCAAGUGAGAGUCUUGAUUGACGCAGAACAAGAUGCCUUACAACCGGCCAUUGACGACAUUGCAGUCUCGUGUGCACGACAAUUCAACCGUGACACGGCAGUCUGUUACAAUACCUAUCAGCUCUACCUCAAAUCAGCACCAACAACGCUCCAAAGACACUUUGAGCAAGCGCAGCGCGAAGGCUGGCUUUUUGGUGCAAAACUCGUACGAGGUGCGUAUAUUGCGAGUGAACCACGUCAUCUCAUCCACGACACGAAAGCAGAGACGGACGCAGCGUACGAUGCUGCUAUCCAAUUUCUUGCACCGCAUGAAAAGGUUGAGAUGAUGAUUGCCUCACAUAAUGCAGAGUCAUUGGCGUUUGCGGCCACAUUGGAUGCAAAGGCCUCGAUUCGAUUUGCUCAGCUUCACGGCAUGAGUGGCGCACUUUCUUGGCAUCUGUGCAGCCUUCUUGGUGACGGGACGCAAGUGUAUGCAUACCUUCCCUGGGGAACCGUGGGUGAGUCCAUGAAAUACCUGGUUCGACGAGCCGAUGAGAAUGCAAGUAUGCGCGAUCGCUGUGUCCUCGAACGC